UAACAGAAUCAACAGAAUCAGCCCCUACUAAAGUGGAAGAAAACAACACCGAAAUGCAGUCUGAAGCAGGUGUAAGAAGCUCAGAAUACAACCUGGAAGAAAUUGAUGAAAGGGAAGAGAUGAGUGUGCAACAGAGAGAGGACAGUGAAAGUACAAAUACCUCUCUUGGGACAGGAGAGGUUACUGCAGCCUUCAGCUCUGCUGAGGUACUACUGGAAACUGAAAAAAAUGAUCGUGCUUCAUCAGCUCCAGUUCCUGGCAGUGUUUCUGUAGACAACUCACAAAGCCUCAAGGAAGAAAAACAAGAAAAUAUGAGCACAGAUGGCAAAGGACUACAGACUAAGAUAAGCAGUGAGCAAGCUGCAUUUGAAAAAGACAGGAAGCCUAGAAUUUUGGAUCAAAAUAAAACUGAUGAUCACAGUGAUACAAAACUCCUUCCAACAGCAGAAGAAGAGAAAGAACUUCUGACAGCCGAAAAUAAAACAGUAGAUUUUAGAGAAAAUAACAAGCUUGAAGUUGACAGACUAUCAAACUGCCAGGCACGUAAAAAUGACAUCUCAGUAAGUCAUAGGAAUUAUCCUUACCUGAUUCCAGAAAAGCAAGAUCAGAAAACAGAUCAAACCAGCUUGGACACAGUAAAAACUCAGGAUGUUGCAAUCCAGACAGGUCCAUCGGAUAGCAAUUUGGGAAGGACUACACAGAAACAAAUCAUUGUUCCUCAAGGUUGUGAAUCAUCCCCAUUCAGAGGACUGGUCCCUCAACACAACACAGAUACAAACAACCCCCUUCUUCAAGUGAUGCAUGGAAUACGAGAGGAUGAAAGUACUUCAACAGAACAAAAUCUUGAGAGACAAGAAGUUACCCAUGAAAAAAUAAUUCCCAUAAAAGAUCAGAGUCACAUUUGUAUAAAUGGCAGUAAUUUUGCUUCACCAGAAACAACUGCAAAAACUCCAGAUGGCUCUCCUGUAAAGGGUUACCCUCAUUAUAGACAGGACACCAAACCUAAACCCAAGCCCGCUAAUGAAAUUACAAGAGAUUACAUACCAAAAAUUGGAAUGACUACUUAUAAAAUAGUGCCUCCAAAAUCCUUAGAAAUAAUGAAGAGCUGGGAAUCAGAAAUUCCAUCAGAUUAUAAGGAUCAAGAGGUAUCUACUUUGGAAAACUGUCUGAAGCAGGAAGACCCCAGGGGAUUCAUAGUGCAAGCUGAAAUUCCUCAUCUUCCAAAAAGUGUGGGUCAUUUACAGAUUGGUUCACAAACUGAACCUGCAGCAGCAAAUGAUCUGCUGCACAGAGUGAACAGCAUUUCUGAACGUGUUGUGACGUCUGGAGCUGAGAUUACUACUGAGAGCAAUCGGACAGAAAUAGAGUCUUCCAAACAGCAUGUCCCACUGAUGCUAAGCUUAGAUAAUACAAAUGCUUCCUCUGAGACUCAGGACAAGUCAAAUACAUUAAGUCCUACAACGAAGCCCAGUUCUUUUUAUCUGCAGAUGCAACGAAGAGCUUCGGGUCAUUAUGUGACAUCCGCAAUUGCCAGAAGUAGCAUUUGUGCUCCUAAUUCCAUUCAAAAUGAAGCUAAAAAUACAGAGGUGGGAAAAAAAAUCUCAUCACCUGAUCCAUCGUCUUUGUCUUUACAUAAAACAAGUACUUCAUCUCCUCCAGCAAAUGAAGAAAAAGUUGAUGAUGAAAAAAAAAUUGAAUCCUCCCCUUCUCCUGUUAAAAGCAAUAAACCUUCAAGUUUCCCCUCCUGUCCACCAGCACCGUUGAACCUAAGAACUCUAAGAACUUUUGCAGUUCCAAAGCCAUACUCCAGUUCGAGACCAUCCCCUUUUGCUCUUGCUGUCUCAUCUGCAGUCAAAAGGUCACAGUCGUUUAAUAAGACGCGUACAAUCAGUAGCCAGGCACCGAGAGAGGAAUUUCCUGUUGAACUCUCCACUGCCACUUCGGCAGCUGAAUUCGCCUCAGCUACCUCCGUGCCUCAAGUGAAAAACUCUUCCUUACAGACCGUAACAGGGGUGUCACAAAAUAGUCUAACAGAUAAGAAAGGCAGUGAUGUGAAUAGUGAGCAGAAGAGUCAAGCGCAGUCAGGUGCUUCCACUGCCCACCCACCCCCUGUCACUAAGAGACAAACGGCGAUGACGUUCCAGCGCUCUGACCCAGAACAGAUCCACCAGAGCCUGCUGGCUGCAAUCCGCUCUGGAGAAGCUGCUGCCAAAUUGAAAAGGGUUGGUCCUCCAUCAAACACUGUAUCGGUCAAUGGAAGAGCCAGGCUUACUCAUUUGUAUUCCACAGAAGCAAAAGCUAAUCACUAGAUAUUAUACCAAAUAUUUUGCACUUUACUACUGCUUCAUAGGCCAAUUUAAUACUAACUACAAAUUUUUGAAAGUGUAAAUGCAAGUAUAUGUUAAUAUAUUUUUGUCAAUUGUUAUAGGAAUUUCAAGCUGGGUCCUUUGAUGCCUUGGAAAGAUUAUUAGAAUAUGUAAAUUAUGGUAAUAUUUUGCCUUUUUCUCUUUAUAAAUCUGACUAUGCUGCUAAAAAGAUUUAAGAGAAGGUGCAGAUGAGCUUUGCUUAUGUUAGAAUGAAAUUCAAAGAUUCUUGAUUUUAGCCUUCAAGACUGAACAAUAUGUAGCACUACGCUGAAAUUAUAGAUUUAAAGCAAUCUAAGAAUUUUAGAUCAUUAAUUUUCAAUUGUGUAUUACUUUAACAAAUUGUAUAAAUUUAAAUCUACCACAUGCUGCCUCCAUAUUACUUUGUUAAAUUAAAUUUGUAAUUAGUAGAAAAUCUUAAUUAUAUGCAAUACUUUGUUUCUCUUUAAAAAAUG